UCUAAAUCCGGGAUCUUAUGCCGUUUACAUCGUUUGCUCUUUAUGUCGCUGAUACACCUAUAAAAAUAAAAGGAUAUUCCCUUUCAUUAUAAUUGUACCCUCAACCUCAUAAAUAGCAUUCCUCAUUGCCUUACCUUUCUUGAAACCCUUUGAAUAACCUCUCCUUUUCUCUAGUCUUUUUCUCUCUUCAGAUCUUAUAUUCUCUCUCUAUUCUCCUCCACAAACUAGGAUUCCACACAAGGAUUCAUCUUUCUUGUUGAGGGAUUUUCCGAUCCUUCCACACAAAUCUUUGAGUGAAAUCUCUGAUAUUAGGGAAUGCAGAAAGAUGUGUGUGCAUGCUGGAAAUUCAUCCUGUGAAGAUUCUUCUACCCUUUUCCCCUCUAGACAUCCCUUGUCAGCCCUUGGCGAGGUUCAAUAUGCCGUUUGCAACAGGUUCAUGCUAUCCCCUCAGGUCCACUACAAAUCUACCAGCAGUAGAAUAUUUGCUAUGCUAAAGCACGAAACCGUGGACGACGGCUGAACCAGUAAUUCAAAUUUCAAAUAUCUGUUCCGGUUGAAGUAGCACAGAUUUUUUAAUCUUUCGGAAUAUUUUUUAAGUAGAAAUGGAGAAGAAGGGAAGUAUAUUGUUGGAAAGGUACGAGUUGGGAAAAUUACUGGGGCAGGGAAACUUUGCUAAAGUUUACUAUGCUAGGGACAUAAAAACCGGGCACAACGUCGCUAUUAAGGUCAUCGACAAGGACAAAACUUUGAAGGCCGGGCUGAGCGAGCAGAUCAAGAGAGAGAUUUCGGUCAUGAAGUUGGUGAAGCACCAAAAUGUCUUACAGCUGUACGAGGUUAUGGCUACAAAGAGCAAGAUUUACAUUGUUUUGGAAUACGCAAAAGGCGGUGAGCUUUUUAACAAAGUGGCCAAAGGCAGGCUGAAAGAGGACAUUGCUAGGUGGAUUUUCCAACAGUUGAUCAGUGCUAUGGAUGUUUGCCACAGCGGUGGUGUUUAUCACCGUGAUCUGAAGCUUGAGAACUUAUUGAUUGACGAAGACGGUAGUUUGAAGGUUUCAGAUUUCGGAUUGAGCGCUCUUGCUGAUUCGAAACAGCAGGAUGGGUUGCUGCACACGAUGUGUGGUACCCCUGCAUACGUAGCUCCAGAAGUGAUUAAUCGAAGAGGGUAUGAUGGAGCUAAAGCUGAUAUAUGGUCUUGUGGGGUUAUCUUGUUUGUUCUGCUUGCUGGUCAUCUUCCAUUCCAAGAUUCAAACUUGAUCGAGAUGUAUAAGAAGAUUACACGGGCUGAUUACAGAUGCCCGAAUUGGUUCCCACCUGAGGUCAGAAGACUUCUGUUGAAGAUUCUAGAUCCAAACCCUAAUACUAGGAUAACCAUUAGUAAAAUAAUGGAGAAUUCCUGGUUCAAGAAAGGGUUAGGGUCUAGACCUGCAAAACUACCUAAACUGGAGAUCAAAGAAACCAAGCAUUCAGAGGUCAAGUCAUUCUCCGAAAUUUCAAAACCAUCUAAUCUCAAUGCUUUUGACAUCAUCUCCUUAUCAUCAGGACUAGACUUGUCUGGUUUAUUUGUGGGAGAUGAUCGAAGGGAUGAUGUUCGUUUUACAUCCCUGCAACCUUCAUCUGUUAUAGUGUCAAAACUCGAGGAAAUUGCUACAAAUCUGAAACUCAAAGUAAGUAAGAAAGACGGUGGAUACAUGAAGUUAGUCGGGUCAAGAGGUAGAAAGGAGGAAGUAGCCAUUGAUGUGGACAUAUUUGAGGUAACACCGUCUUUUCACGUGGUAGAGAUGAAGAAAUCUAAUGGUAAUAGCAUGGAUUAUCAGAAGGUGUUGAAAAAUGAGAUGCAGCCUGCUUUGAAGGACAUUGUUUGGGCGUGGCAAGGCGAUGGCCAACAUCAACUUCAAAGACAAGAAAUGCAUGCUCAUUGCAACCCUUUGCAACCCGAAAUUAAUGUAUUUUAGAAGAUGAUUGAUUUAGUAUUAAUUAGUCCUUAAUUAGUUGAUAUCGGUUCUGCUUUUACAUUAUGAGCAGUUCAUAUGAUGUUGUCUGUUAUUUAGGAUUGUUGACCGCUGAGGUUCCCAAUUUCGUACUCUGUUGUUUUAAUGGGAAAAGUUUCAUGAAUUUUCUACAUCA